CCUUCCUUUCACUAUCAUUGCAUUAGCUGCUGGUGAGUGGAUCUUUGGUAGUACAGAUGAGGAGAAGAGAGGGACAUGUACUUUUGCUGCUUUUGUCUUCGUAUCGUCAAUUCUAGCCAUAUUUAUGACACUAGCUGCUAUAUCAUUUGAUCGGUUUCUCUUUAUUGUCAAACCACAUCUUCACAAGCGGUUCAUGAGACCCUGGGUAGCACUGACCCUCACCAUUGCUAUAUGGACACUGUCUGCCGUAUUGAGUUUUACUCCAUUCUUUGGGUUUGGACACUUUCUUUAUUUCAGUCGGAUUGGCUCCUGUUUUCCAAUCUGGGCCACCCUUGAAUAUGAAUUGUAUACACUAGCACUGGUGGCCACCAAUCUCUUGAUUAUCGCUGUGACAUCAGUUCUUACCUUCUGCUUCACUCGUAGAUUCAUUAACAAUCAAUCCCUCAUAACUCCUAAUGUGUACUCGUGUGAAAAGAAAAGGCUCUUUGGAAUAUUUGGUGCCAUGUUGCUCUCAUAUGUAGUCUGUUUUAUUCCGAGUGUUAUUUUGAUUUUCUUGUUCCUUUUUCCAUUUACAAUGCCUGUUGAAUAUAUUGUGACAUGUUUUGUUUCUGUCCUUUUUGUUACAACUGUUAAUCCUCUCAUACAGUCUUACUUCAGACCUGAAGUGAAGGCUAUUAUUAAUAGUAUGUUUUUUCAGAAAUUAUCUAAGAAGAUUCUUGUUUAAAUAUAUUAUAAUAUUAUUGUAAUACUGAUAGACAUGUUUUUGCUUGUUACUAUAGCCACCUAUGCAUAAUCAAAA